CUGCUCCUCGCUGCACACCUGAACCUAAAUUCCCUCGUUGUGCUCCAGGACCAGGUUGUCAGUGUUGCAGCAUGCCAGCAUACAGUAUUUCAGCAAUCCCUACCUCAGCUCUCCGCCCAGACACACCACCAGUCAGUCAGUCAGUCUCUCUCUCUCAGUCAAACAGCAGCUCACUAACAACAACACCACUCACAGUUUAUCUUUACACCUGCGGAUGGAUUUAAAAACCUGACUGAAGUGGAGAGAUUCACCUGUAGGAUCAGAAAGCAGCUGAGAACUCUUCUAAAACGUGUUUUAAAGGACUUCACCUGCAGGAUUUAAAUAUAAUCUGAAUGGUUUGGCGUUAACAUCUCACUCUUCAUGGUGGAUUAUUACUUUUUGAACACACUCUUGUCGCUGACAGGUGAACAACGUCAGUGUGAUGACGGACACGUUGGCUUUCAAUCAUGGGGUAUCUUUUUUUUUUUACAAUUACGCAUUUUUAAACUUUCAAACGUGAUUUCCCCUGAAGCUUACUUUCCUAAAGGACUGCCGUGAAAAUAUACAUCGACUGACAUUUCACUUUAAUCAUUUUUCGACCAUAAAACGUGUAAAAUCAGGCAUAUUCUCUGGACGUUUUCUUCCAUCUAAACAGACAAGAGGAGCUGUCACAGUAACGCACCUUUACGCGGACAUGUGUGCUAGUUUCCACGUUUAAAAUCAGCAAAAACUUACAGAGAACGAUGAAGAGGAAACCAGACACCCACUGAGUUUACGGAGAUCAAUUAUUCAGCCGUGGUGGAAGUGGACUACCUGCUGGGCUGGAGGAUGGCCUGUUGGAAGAAGGGCACCUCUCUCCUGCUGGUUCUGCUGGUUCUGCUCGACCUACAGCCGGUCACUGGGCGAUCAUCUCGACACCGCAGAUUGAGACGUCAAACCCGAGGGCACCAUGAACACCGGGCGAAACAGAACAUCAUGCUGGCUGUCAUUUUACCACAGAGCAACACAGAUUACCCGUGGGCUUGGCCUCGCAUCGGUCCCGCCCUGGAGCGAGCCAUAAAAAACGUCAACGCCGACCCCACCCUGCUUCCUGACCACAACCUCACCUACGCUUUCAAGAACAGCGAAAACAAUGACAGCAUCUGCUCCGAGUCCAUCGCCCCGCUCAUGGCUGUGGACCUUAAGUUUGCGUACGACCCGUGGGCUUUCAUCGGUCCUGGCUGCUCCUACACCUCUUCCCCUGUUGGCCUCUUCACCACACACUGGGACGUUCCCAUGGUUACGGCGGGCGCCCCGGCCGUCGCAUUUUACGGCGGAAUCUACCCGUCCAUCACCAACACAGGCCCCACGCACAAGAAGCUCGGGAAGUUUGCCCUCCGGAUCUGCGAGCACUUUGGCUGGCGGGAGCACGUGGUGCUCAUGUUCAGUGACAACAAGGUGGACGAUCGGCCAUGCUACUUUGCCGUGGAGGGUUUGUACACCGAGCUGAAGAACAUCAACAUGACACGCGUUGACAGAGUGUUUGAAGAGAACAAGCCGGUCAACUACUCCCAGAUCAUCUCUGACAUUCAGAACGACGGCCGAGUGAUGUUCGUCUGUUGCUCACCCGACAUCUUCAGGAAGUUGAUGGUUGAGUUUCGGCAGGCAGAUCUUCCUCACGAGGAGUACGUCUUCUUCUACGUCGAUGUGUUUGGGGACAGUCUGAACUCCAAACGCAGACAGCCAUGGGCCCGCGAAGACGAGGACGACGCCGUCGCCAGGGAGGCCUUCCAGAGUGUGAAGAUCCUGACGUACCGAGAGCCCCAGAAUCCUGAGUACAGACAGUUUGUCAACAACCUGAAGACCGACGCCAGGAAAAUGUUCAACUACACCAUAGAGGAGUCACUGAUGAACAUCAUAGCUGGAGGAUUUUAUGACGGUUUGAUGCUCUACACUCACGCUCUGAACGAGACCAUGUCCAUGUCCGCCGGCCGGCCUCCGGGAAAAGUCGUCACCAAGAGGAUGUGGAAUCGAACCUUCCACGGUGUAACAGGACUUGUCCACCUGGACGAGAACGGAGAUAGAGAGACGGACUUCGCUCUGUGGGACAUGAUCGACACCAACACCAGCACCUUCCAGAUAAUUUUGGUGUACAAUAGUUUAGAGGAGGAGCUGACUGCCAUACCUGGAACAGCACCGCACUGGCUGGGUGGAGUUAUUCCUCCUGAUGUUCCCGUCUGUGGCUUCAAGAAUGACAACCCCAUCUGCCUCGCAAAGACAGUCACCAUCCAUCAGAUGGUUUCCAUCGUGGUCUUCUUCAUCUUCAUGAUGACCCUCACCAUCACCAUCUUCAUCUACAGGAAGAUGAAGCUGGAGAAGGAGCUGGUGGCUCAGCUCUGGAGGAUUUCCUGGGACGACAUCCAGAUGAGCAACCUGGACAAGGUGCUGCGCAGCGGCAGCAGGAUCACACUGUCACUGAGAGGCUCUAACUACGGCUCCUUGAUGACUGGAGAUGGAAACCUGCAGGUGUUUGCAAAGACUGGAUACUACAAGGGAAACAUCGCAGCCAUUAAAUACACCAACAAGAAACGCAUCGAGCUGAACAGAGAGGUCCUGUUUGAACUCAAACAUAUGCGAGACGUUCAGAACGAACAUCUGACCAGGUUCAUCGGAGCGUGCAUCGACCCUCCCAACACCUGUAUCAUCACAGAGUACUGUCCCAGAGGAAGUCUGCAGGACAUCUUGGAGAAUGACAGCAUCACUCUGGACUGGAUGUUCAAAUAUUCUCUCAUCAAUGACAUCGUCAAGGGCAUGUUGUUCCUCCACAACAGCGUCAUCGUCUCUCAUGGUAAACUCAAGUCGUCCAACUGUGUCGUGGACAACCGCUUCGUCCUGAAGAUCACAGACUACGGUUUGUCCAGCUUCCGAUCCGAGAGCGACUCAGGGAAAGACGCUCAUUCCUACUACGCCCAGAGGUUGUGGAUGGCUCCAGAGCUGCUCAGGAUGGAGUCUUCUCCUCCUCAGGGAUCUCAGAAAGGAGACGUCUACAGCUUCGGCAUCGUCCUCCAGGAGGUGGCGCUGCGCCGAGGAGCCUUUUUCCUGGAGGGAUACCCACUCAGCCCCAAAGAGAUUGUGGAUCGGGUGGUUCUGGGCGAGUGGCCCUGCCUCAGACCGACCAUCGAUCCUCAGAGUCACAGUCCUGAGCUAGGUCAGCUAAUGCAGCGCUGCUGGGCCGAGGAGCCGACGGAGAGACCAGAGUUCAACCACAUUCGGAUGCUGCUGCGCAAACAGAACAAGGAGUCAAGGACCAACAUCCUGGACAACCUGCUGUCUCGUAUGGAGCAGUACGCCAACAACCUGGAGGAGCUGGUUGAGGAACGAACACAAGCUUAUCAUGAGGAGAAACGCAAGGCUGAAGCACUACUGUACCAGAUACUACCACACUCAGUAGCGGAGCAGUUGAAGCGAGGUGAGACUGUUCAAGCUGAGGCCUUUGACUCCGUCACCAUCUACUUCAGUGACAUCGUGGGUUUCACUGCCAUCUCUGCAGAGAGCACACCGAUGCAGGUGGUGACUCUGCUGAAUGACCUCUACACUUGUUUCGAUGCCAUCAUCGACAACUUUGAUGUUUACAAGGUGGAGACCAUCGGCGACGCCUACAUGGUGGUGUCGGGGCUGCCGGUGAGGAACGGGAAGCAGCACGGCAGAGAGAUCGCCCGCAUGGCCCUCGCCCUGCUGGACGCCGUCCGAACCUUCAAGAUCUGCCACCGAUCAGAACAACAGCUGAAACUGAGGAUAGGAAUACACAGCGGUCCGGUGUGUGCAGGAGUGGUGGGUCUGAAGAUGCCACGUUACUGUCUGUUCGGCGACACCGUCAACACGUCGUCACGUAUGGAGUCCAGUGGAGAAGCGCUGAAGAUCCAUGUGUCGGCGGCGACUCGCGACGUCCUUCUGGAGUUCAACUGCUUCCAGCUGGAGCUGAGAGGAGACAUCGACGUCAAGGGCAAAGGGAAGAUGACCACAUAUUGGCUACUGGGAGAGAGCGACAGCCAAUGACAAAACACCGCAGACAGGAGGACGACUGAGGACAGAGGAGGGGACGGAGGAGAGGAAAGAGAGAAGGGAAUAGAGAGGAGGAAAGGAAAGAUGAAGGUGAGAAAUGGUAGAGAAGGAAACAAAGUGAAGGUGUAAGGGAGGAAAGUAGAGAAGGUAUCUCCACAGACGUCUCAGGUCCUCGUCAUCCUGCAGCAGACCUGUUCUGAGGACUCACCACCUCCUGGUUGUUUUUCAUUUCUGUACAAAAGAGACCUGGAAGGAUUCAGACUUUGCGACUCGGAGG